GAAGCAUCUCCUACAAAAGAUAUUCCCCCAUCCUCAGCUUGUUCAGAAUUACCAGUAAUUUUUCAAUCAUCCACUUCAACUAUUGAAACUUACUCCGAUGAAGAAAACGAUAUAGGCUCUAUGGAUCCAAAUCUGGUACAAAAUGUUAUUUCUUCUGAAACGGAUCUUGACAAUGCCCCUAAACAGGUAGUAAAUAUCACUUCUGUUACAUCUAAUCUCAGCGAAAUUGAGCAAAGCUCAGAAUCUGCGUCAUCUAUCUGCACAGAAACUAAAUUAUUGGAGGAUAGGGAGGUUGAUGAAUUUCUGGAUUCAACGUAUAAGGAAAAGAUUAGUAACGAAAUAAGAGAAAUAAAUCAGGAAAAGAAGUUCAGAUCUCAAGACCCUUUAUCAUAUGAUAAAGAUAUUUCGCAAUCUAAUAAAAACAAAGUACAGAAAAUCAUGUUAGAAGUUUCUGAAAACUCUAGUCCGCAAUUACAAUAUACCGAUUCUAUUAUCUCCGAAGGAGGCACGGCUAAUGGUAAUGUAGAUAGGGACGUGACUAGCAAUACUAACUUUACACUUUUAUAUGAAAAACUUUGUGAUGCAAUAAUUCUUGCUGAUCGUAAAAUCCAAGAAUCUAUCGUGUGUUAUUGCCUAUUUGGAAAGGCUCUUAUUCAAAGACGUAAUGAAAUAGCAUCGGAAAAACAAGUUGAUCCAGAAUCUAAUAUAGUUAGAAGAAUUUUAAAUAAAGAAGUGAAAGCACAAUUGCCAGCAAAUACUUCUGAUAGCCUUUUACGUAAGAGAAUCGAAAAAGCAAAGAAGCUUUAUAAACUUUUCGAUGCAAUAGAUAAUAUAUCCUUUAAUUAUAACAUUCAAAUUGAGUUACAUAGUGAUGAGAAAAAUCCUGAGCAUAUGACCCAACUUUGUGAACCGAGUUCACGAA